AUGCAAAUAUUAUGUUACGCAAACCGUGACAUGUCCCCAGCCAAGGCCGACGGAAGUACGAAAGUUGGCAAUUAUUUCUCGAGUAAACAAAUCGCGACCAUUGUCCUGUCGCAAUAUGAAAGACAGAUGUCGCCCAAGUUACAAUAGCACAUAAACAUAUAACACGUCAAGGUUAAGUAUACAAGAUUUAGGAGUAAAUUGGCGAGAAAAGAGGGGUGGACGAAAUAAUUAAGAAGUCUAAAAUUACAGUUAAGCUCGGGCUAAAGUUAAGGCUAACAGAUUUUGUAUGUAAGACUAAGGCUAAAGCUAAGGCUAAGACUAAGACUAAAGCUAAGGUUAAGGUUAAGGUUAAGGUUAAGGUUAAGGUUAAGGUUAAGGUUAAGGUUAAGGCUAAGGCUAAGGCUAAGGCUAAGGCUAAGGCUAAGACUAAGGCUAAGGCUAAGACUAAGGCUAAGGCUAAAACUAAAACUAAAGCUAAAGCUAAGGCUAAGGUUAAAGUUAAGGUUAAGGUUAAGGCUAAGGCUAUAAGGCUAAAGCUAAGGCUAAGGCUAAGGCUAAGGCUAAGGCUAGAGCUAAAGCUAGAGCUAGGAGAGCUUGAGCUAAAGACUAAGGCUAAAGCCAGGACAGUCUAG